CUGCAUCAGCUCCGUCCUCCCUCCAUCACCGGCCCGGCUGGCAGCUCCUGCGCACAGCAGCCAGCUCUCGUAUGGAUAUAAACCCACUGAAAUUUUCGUUAAUUCUUGUUUUGGGGGCCUGAAUCUGUUUUUGUCGGUGAAGAGAUGGUUUCUUUCCCGGACAGUGAGGUCCGCGAUGCUGUCGGAGGGCGCUGCGAGCCUGAGGGAGCUGAAAGCCGAGAAGCCGAGGCUGAAUGCGGGGCUACUAAAGAGCAGCGCGGCCGCACCAUCGUGUGGAGAAACGUUGUCCUCAUGGCUCUGCUCCACACCGGCGCGCUGUACGCAGUCCUGCUCGUCCCCAAGGCGCAUCCUUUCACCUGGAUAUGGUCUUAUGUGUGCUUCAUAAUCACAGCCCUUGGGGUUACAGCUGGAGCCCAUCGCUUAUGGAGCCACAGGUCUUACAAGGCUAAACUACCCCUGAGGAUCUUCCUGGCUGCAGCCAACUCCAUGGCGUUCCAGAAUGAUAUCUUUGAGUGGUCCAGAGAUCACAGGGCCCACCACAAGUACUCUGAGACGGAUGGUGACCCCCAUAAUGCAAAGCGAGGCUUCUUCUUUGCUCACAUAGGCUGGCUGUUUUUGCGCAAACACAAUGAUGUCAUUGAGAAGGGCAAGAGGCUGGAUCUCAGUGACCUGUUAGCUGACCCUGUUGUUGUGUUCCAGAGGAGACAUUACAAAACUUCAGUUGUGGUGAUGUGCUUCCUCCUGCCCACACUGGUGCCAUGGUACUUCUGGGGUGAAUGCAUUUGGAACUCAUAUUUUCUGGCCGCCAUAUUACGCUACACCAUUUCUCUCAAUGUGGCCUGGUUAGUCAACAGUGCUGCCCACAUGUAUGGAAACCGGCCCUACGACAGGAACAUCAACCCCCGAGAAAACUGCUUUGUCAGUUUUGGAGCCAUUGGAGAAGGUUACCACAACUACCAUCACACUUUUCCCUUUGACUACGCAGCCAGUGAGUUAGGCCUUCGUUUCAACCCAACCACUUGCUUCAUCGAUCUUAUGUGCUGGUUCGGCCUCGCCAGCGACCGUAAAAAAGCCACGCCGGAGAUGAUCAAGGCUCGGAAGCUAAGGACAGGUGAUGGGAGCGCUUGAGGAGUCGAAAGCAUCGUACAGCUCUCGCAACAAAUCAAAAUGGCAACGUACAUGGAAGCGGAGAGGUGGUGUCAAGAUCUGUUGUUCAGUCUAUAUAUAUAUGUUUAAAAAUCUGUAUUUAUUUUCUAUUAAUCUAUUGAUGUAUUUUUGCAGUUACCUCUAAAAACAGGCUAAUCAUUGUGACAAUUUAGAUUUAGAUGGAACAGACGGAUAUUUUUACUGUCUGUUUUGUUGCACUGUAGGAUUAUGUUGUGAGCAUUUUUUUGUCUGUUGUUUAUUAUUUAGUCAUCACCUAUCAUAUUCCCUUGGUUGAGCAAUCAGUGUAACUUUGGUGUUUUGCGAAGCAUCAACAUAAUUUGUAGCAUUCUUAAAAAGCAUAGCACUUUUACUUCUUUAAAUAAUCAAAGAAGGUUUUUCAUUGCCCAGUAAUACCCCAAGAAGUGAUAUCUUAAACUGUCUUUCACUGCAAUUGAUCUGCCCUCUGGAGGGCUUGCCUUAGAUUUGCUGCUUUUGUAAAUUACAGUCUCUAAAAAUGAGCACUUUAAUUCAAGGACCAUGUUGUGCACAUUUUAACAGCGCAUGGCCUAGUUAAUCCCAAAUGAUAACUAGUUAAUUUGCACUUUAGCCCCUUGAGCCAACAUUUAUAUGAGAAGGAUUAUAUGGGUGGCCAUGUCUUCUUGAAUUGAAUCAUCAGCCAACUGUGUUUGCACACUGUGGAAUUGAACCUCCCCAUUUAACCCAUCCGUGCAGUGAAACACCCACAUACAUGCACAGUAGUGAACACAAAGGACUAGGAUUCACAAAACAAUACAGGUAAAACAACUGAUAUCAAAUUACAUGUUUAGUAUGUGUAGUACAUGUUUAGUACGGAGCCCUGGUGACACCCCGUAUAAAUAAAAAUAAUGUGUAUCUAACUAAUUAACAGCUUAUUAAGGUAUGGGAACAAAAUCAUGCCUUAUUGAGCUAUGGCAAAGGCUUAUUUAUCUCGUUCCCACACCUUACUAAGUCGCGGCCAUGCAUUAGGAUCUCGUUCCCACACCUUACUAAGACGUGGCCAUAAUUAAGUGACACUUUUUAAUUCCACAAACGGGGAAAUUUCACCUCCGC